GGGGAAUAUGAAGUCUGCGGAGUAUUGUGGUGUAUACGUGACGAGGGGAAGCUGGUUUUUGUUUCGCAAAGUACACAAAAAUGGCUAGAUGUGUAAUUUGUAAAAGGCCAAAAACUGUGCGUGGAUUAUCCUUUCACAGAUUUCCAAAGGAUGCGAAAAUAUUACAUCAGUGGCUCGUAAAUAUUGGCAUAGAAAACUAUGUUCCCACGGCUAACUCUGUUUUGUGCUCGAAGCAUUUUACACCAGAGUGUUUUGAACAGAACUACGUUCGUGUCAGGUUAAAGAAAAGUAGCGUGCCAACUCUGUUUAUGGAAGAAAACUAUAGAUCCAGCGAAGAUAGACCUUUGUCCGUAUCCGAGUCCAAAAUAAUCAUUCCAUCGUCUCAUGACCUUCACAGUUCUACGGAAAGUUUCCAAUUACAUAUACCAGAAAUAGUAAGCAAAAAUAUUAUCAUGCAACAUCAGCAUGAAGCUGCACCUUUGCCUGAAGUAAUUGUUAAAUCACCUCGUAAGAAGCUUCAUAAUCCUAAAAAAAGUUUUCAAAUACAUUUACCAGAUACACUGUGUACAAGCACCAAGAUUAUAAGGCUACACGAACAAUUCAUAGACAUGGUCAGGUGUGAUCAUAGCUAUAGUCGUAUGCCUGUAAAUUAUGAAAGGAAAAUAUUUGCUAUGCACGAAGCUUUACGUAAAACACGCAGGUCCAAUAAAGUUUUGAAACAGAAAGUAAAACGUCUACAGGAAACCGUUUCUUCAUUGAAGAACAUGAUCAACACUAUGCUGGUUGCAUACAACAAUCGUCAAAUGAAAUUACUAUCAACAAACGCGGUGCAAAAGAACAAAAAGAACCAGGCAAUCUGUUAAUGAAAAGAGCCAUCUACAAUUCUGUUGUACAAGUCAUCAUUAGGGAAGGUGGGUCAUAAAUUCUGUUACAGAAUUUAUGAAUGUACACUAUGCCUCAAAACUAAUAAACAGUCUUGAUAAACGUGAGUUUAUCGAAUGUUAUUUUUUCGAUGCAGCUUCUUCGAGUUAUAGAAUCACCAAACUACAAUUUUUAAUUAAAUAUUAUUGUACAUAUAAUGGAAAUUCCACAGUUAUUUUGUAAAUAUUUGUAAGUAAUGUAGAUUUAAACUGAUAAAUAUAUAUUACACUAAG